AUGCCCCAGGGACUAUGUUUUAAGCAGAGAGGUGAGUCACCUCUCUUUGAGCCUGAAGAGGAGAAUGAAGGGAACAAUGAAGUCCAGCUUGAUGUCAUUCAGCCAAUGGACAAGAAGGAUGAUGAGGACGUCGAUGAAGAUACAAGAGAAGAAGUGAUGGAUGCCAAUGAUGAGGAUUCAGGAAAGGAGAAGGAAGAGGAAAAGGAAGACAAAGAAGAGGAGCAUGAAGGGGCAAAGUACUCUGGGAUCAUCACCCUCCGAUUUGAAGAAGAGUUAACUGAGAAGGAUGCCGAUGAAUUCUUUGACUCUCUCGACAGUCUGGGCUUGCCAAGGUCUAUCUUCUCUGAUAUUAAAGUGAAAGGAAAAGCAAUCACCGUCCAUGUAAAUGCUUCUUCACUUAGACUGACGCCUCAGUCUGUUGGAGCUUUAAUCGCUAGUGAAAAGGAAGAGGUUGCCAGUAUGAUCGGGUUACAUAUGGCAUACGGUCAAGACGUAAGUUGAAAUCAUUUCUUUAUUUCUGUUUGUGUGUUUUCAAUAGAAAGGACGGUGUUAUAUUAUGUAAGCAAAAACAAAGAGAAACAUGUUUUAUAAUAGAACAAAAUGUCUAAACCAUUUCAAAAAGGCCACAUAGAAAAAAUACUGCUAUAUUAGUCAAUCAAAAAUAAGAGGACCAUGUCAAAUCGGUUCCAUGACAUUUUCUCUGGCGACAAUUGCUCUGCUGUAAAUUCCACACAUGAAUUGAAAGACCAACUUCACCCCUGGGUUUAAAGCCUGUGUAUAGCUUUGGUAAAGGGUCA